CAAGAUCUCUUAAUAAUUAAGCUUGACCAAGAUUACUUGCUACUUAACCAGCAUGAAUAAAUUUAUUGUAUUCUGCCUGACAAUCUUAUGUGUAUUUUAUAUCAAUUUCGUUGUUACAUUAAAGUGCUAUACUUGUGAUACAACGGAUUUCGAUUAUGGACAAUACGAACGCUGUGACAAUAAUUUAACAAAAAUGAAAGUAGACAGGUGCUACACUGAUGAACAACAUCCUAACAUAAGAGAUUUUGCCUGCUAUCGAGUGGUGUAUUUACACAGGAAUGAUGGAAUUAUUAUUCAAAGAGGAUACGAUGUAAAGUGGAUCUGCGAUAAGUGGAUAAAAUAUCCUCACAAUUUUAUGACCCGAGACAAUCCGUUUAUGGUUUUAGAAUGUGCUGUAUGUGAUACAGAUAAAUGCGAUCCUAGAGUUGAACCUACAGAUGGAUGGAUUGCUCAAGUAAUACGACCAGGAAAUCGACUGUGUGAUAGUAAUACAUAUUUUAAUUCUCGAACUCUAAGAAGUCGGAUCUCUAAAAAAGAACAGUAAAUUUUUAAAUCAUAAACUCCUAAUUCGAACGAAAUUUAACUCGAAAUAAUAUAGACUUAAAUAGAAUAUCCUACAUCUACAUCUAUCAUUCUUGGAGUUUUGAUUGACUGGCAUGUGUUAGGAUCCAGGUAUUCUUGUCUUUUUUCACCAUGGAUAUUUGCUUGUACCGUGGAUAAGUCUCAAUCAAAAGUUCAAUAAUGGUAUAUGUAGAAUAUAAAAAAUUAGAAAUAAAAGGAAAAUAAUUGACCAGAAUUUAACAGGGGAAAGCUCGCUAACUUCGCAGACAUACUCCAGCUUCGAACAACUCAUUUUUUUCAAUAUGUUUUUAAUGAAUUUGACCUUUAAUAAUAUUAUAUUUUAAUAGCUAAUCCCAUGCCUCAAACUAAAAUUCUCAGAAAAGAGCCAUGGGUCAAAUCCAUUAGGCACAUAUAAAAAACUAAGUUGUCAAAAGAUACAGUCGCUCGAAGGUAGCGUGCUUUUUCCUACUUGAAUAUUUAAUUAUAAAAUUAUUUAAGUAAAGUAAUUAAAUUUUUGAAUAAAAAAAUAAUUAUUUUUUAUUUAAAUAUAAAUAUUUGAAUAUUUGUGUUUAAUAAACGUAUUUCAU